CAGUAUAAACGUGGCUUUUCCUUGCGGUUAAUAGGCAAAAGCGAAACAAAACAACACCAAAACUAGUUAGUUGAGAAGAGAAAGAAUACGAAUUACAAUGGAUUCAGAUUUCGGCAUUCCCAGAGAACUUUCAGAUCUGCAAAAACAUAGAUCUGCAUAUCAACCUGAACUUCCACCGUGUCUUCAGGGAACGACAGUCAGGGUAGAAUUAGGUGAUGCAACCACCGCGGCUGAUCCUUCCAGUGGCAAUAUCAUUAGCCGGGGUUUCCCACACACAUAUGGUCAGCCUUUGGUGCAUUUUUUUAGGCCAAAAGCACAGGUUCCUGGCGCACAGGUUAUAACAGAACAUCCAGCAAUCAGGGUUGGAUUGGUCUUCUGUGGGAGACAGUCACCAGGAGGGCAUAAUGUCGUAUGGGGUCUCCAUGAUGCUCUUAAAACUCACAACCCUAAGAGUACUCUGCUCGGAUUUCUUGGUGGAUCUGAAGGUUUAUUUGCUCAGAAGACUCUAGAAAUCACAGAUGAUGUACUCUCUACCUACAAAAACCAAGGCGGUUAUGACUUGUUGGGCCGUACAAAAGAUCAAAUAAAAACAACUGAGCAAGUUAAUGCUUCAUUAGCUGCAUGCAAAGCUUUGAAAUUGGAUGGGCUUGUGAUUGUUGGAGGUGUUACAUCAAACACUGAUGCUGCUCAGCUAGCAGAGACAUUUGCUGAAGCCAACUGUUCUACAAAGGUUGUUGGAGUCCCUGUUACUUUGAAUGGAGAUCUAAAAAAUCAGUUUGUUGAAACCGAUGUUGGGUUUGAUACAAUAUGCAAGGUCAACUCCCAGCUCAUCAGCAAUGUCUGCACAGAUGCUCUAUCUGCUGAGAAAUAUUACUACUUUGUAAGACUCAUGGGACGAAAGGCAUCACAUGUUGCCUUAGAGUGUGCUCUUCAGUCACAUCCAAAUAUGGUUAUCCUUGGAGAGGAGGUGUCUGCAUCAAAGCUUACUCUUUUUGAUAUUACAAAACAAAUAUGCGAUGCUAUUCAAGCCAGGGCGGAGGAAGAUAAGAAUCAUGGGGUCAUCUUGUUACCUGAGGGACUCAUAGAGAGCAUUCCUGAAAUCUAUGCACUCUUGCAGGAAAUUCACAGUCUGCAGAGACAGGGUGUUUCCGUUGACAACAUUUCUUCACAACUUUCACCCUGGGCUUCUGCCUUGUUCGAGUUUUUGCCAAUCUUCAUUAAGAAACAGCUGUUGCUUCACCCUGAAUCUGAUGACUCUGCCCAGUUGUCCCAGAUCGAGACAGAGAAACUUCUAGCACAUUUAGUGGAGACGGAAAUGACUAAGCGUACGAAAGAGGGCACAUACACUGGAAAGAAGUUCAAUGCCAUCUGCCACUUCUUCGGCUAUCAGGCUCGAGGAUCUUUGCCAUCAAAAUUCGAUUGCGACUAUGCCUAUGUUCUUGGACACAUCUGCUAUCACAUUUUAGCAGCUGGCUUGAAUGGUUACAUGGCAACCGUUACCAACCUGAAAAGCCCGUCAAACAAGUGGCGUUGUGGUGCUGCUCCAAUCUCGGCAAUGAUGACUGUGAAGAGAUGGGCACGUGGUCCUGGAACCUCAAAUAUUGGAAAACCUGCUGUUCAUCCUGCUACUGUCGAUCUGAAAGGCAAAGCUUAUGGGUUGCUGAGAGAAAAUGCAUCAGCAUUUUUGCUGGACGACAUGUACAGAAACCCUGGCCCACUACAAUAUGAUGGUCCUGGUGCUGAUAGUAAGACCAUGACUCUAUGUGUAGAAGACCAAGACUACAUGGGUAGGAUCAAGGAGUUGCAGGAAUAUCUUGACAAGGUGAGGAACAUGGUGAAACCAGGAUGCUCCCAGGAUGUUCUGAAAGCAGCUUUGUGUUCCAUGUCAUCAGUGACUGAUGUUCUCUCCGUCAUGUCUACAUCCUCGUACAGUGGUUCAGCACCCUUGUAAAAUUCAAAUGAGUCAAACCUAAAUCCUUCUGUUCUGGAAAGUGUUAUAUUGAACCGAGUUUGCUGAACCGAGAGUUGGAGUUCAAAAAAGGUGUUUGUGCCUUUUCUUUCUCCCUUUCACUUGGAUUUUGGUUUUUAAUCUUUUAGUCAUGGUUGUUUUUAUUAGGAUGGUGUGAUUUAGGCUUUGAACUUCUAGAUACAGUUGUCACGAGUGUGUUUACAUGGAUAACAAGAAAUUAAAAUAUAAUCCGGACGUUUGUUCCGAGAUAAAAAACUGUAGUCCGCACGUGGAAAGCUGACAUGUGGUCUAAGAUAGUUGACUUAAAGUAUCGUAGUAUCGUUUGGUCCUUUUCUAGGUGGAUCCAUGUCUGUUUAGUCUUUUCGUCAAACGUCUUUACUGUUUGGUCCAUAAUUAUUUAAAAAUAUUUAACUUGACAAAAA